CUGCCCUUCCCUGCUUAUCUUGGGUGUCUGCACAGUCAAGAACUCCAGCACUUGUCUUCGAAUGCAUCAAUAACACAGACUUCAAGGAGUUGUACCAGAAGUUGACAGACUAUGACAUCCGUUUCUAUAUGUACGAACUACUGAAGGCUUUGGACUACUGUCACAGCAUGGGAAUCAUGCACCGUGACGUCAAACCCCACAAUGUGAUGAUCGACCACCAGUUGAGAAAGCUUCGCUUAAUAGAUUGGGGUUUGGCUGAGUUCUACCACCCUUCCCAGGAGUACAAUGUCAGAGUGGCGUCGCGAUACUUCAAAGGCCCCGAGCUCCUGGUGGACUACCAGAUGUAUGAUUACAGUUUAGACAUGUGGAGCUUAGGCUGUAUGCUUGCCAGUAUGAUCUUCCAGAAAGAGCCCUUCUUCCAUGGGCAAGACAACUACGACCAGCUGGUGCGAAUUGCCAAAGUCCUGGGGACAGACGAGCUGUUUGGCUACCUGCGUAAAUACCACAUCGAACUGGAUCCACGCUUCAAGGAUCUGCUCGGACAACAGAGCAGAAAGCGCUGGGAGCAGUUUGUGCAGACAGAGAACCAGCACUUGGUGAGUCCUGAGGCCCUGGACCUGCUGGACAAGCUUCUACGUUACGACCACCAACAGAGACUGACCGCCACAGAAGCCAUGGAGCAUCCUUACUUCUACCCUGUAGUCAAGGAACAGUCUCUGUCAAACUCUGACAACAACAUGGUUUCCAGUGGCAACAACACAGCUCGAUGAAACGGAGAAAGUGGAAAGAAGAAUGAUGUUUGUUACCUCAACUUUGUCCGCGGUUGUGACAGUAACUUUGACAAGUGUACAGUGACAGUGGAUCAAAGUAACUCAAACCAGUUACACACACAUGGAGACACACACAUAAACACACAAGCAUACACAUGCAGGCAGGUAUACAUCCCCCCCUCCUCCUCUGUAUCAGUCUGUGAUUGGCUUGUUCUGGUGUCCUGUCCAGCAGCCUGACCAAUGAGCUUGAAGCUGGUCCUUCCCCCUCACCCUCUCAGAUGGUCUAUUUCCUCCAAGUCUCAUGUACAAGGACAAACUACUGUUAAAGACAAUUAAAGUCCCGUCCCACCCCCCGAUGCCCCAUCCUCCCUUUAUAUCGCCCCUCCCCCCUCUUUGUUUGCAUCAGCAUGGAAGAUGGACAGGAGUGUGACCCUGUACAAGCCGCCACCACCAGCCCCCCCAACCUAUAGACAUGUUCAUCCAUCUGUCUGUCUGCCCUCCUUGCCAUCAUUUACUCUGACAGACAAACGUCUUAGCACUACUCCAGUUUUGAAAGUGGCAUGGUGGACUCUCUCUAGCUAGAAUGAUAAUAAUAUUAAUGAAAAAUAAAUGAUUUUUAUUUAGAUGAA